CCCACGUUAGGCGGGAACCCGAUCGUCUUCAGUCGUGUCGUUGGUGUUGAAACAUCUCUGCUCGCCUCAGCCAGUGACCUUCCCUCCUGGCGUCAACCCAAAACCGAGGUUUCGCCCAAAGACAACACACACUUGGUCCAUCCCCCUUCUCCUUUUUGCCGCCCAACCUUCUUGCUCAGCCUCAUUCUGCCUCCCUUCUUGACCUGCCGCCAAUCCUCUGCCCCACUCCUAAUUCACACCCUCUCCUCAUCCCUUACCCCUGCCUCUUCCUCUUCCUCUUCCUCUUCCCCUUCCCCUUCCCCUCCCCAUCGCACUACAUCGCCGAAAUGUCCGCAUCCAAACAUGAGUAUGACAUGA